UAUCAUCGGCACAAAAGUCCCUAUUGACUCUCCCUUGAUGUCUGUUGGCCUCGACUCUAUUGCUGUAACGGAUUUUUCGACGCGAGUGAGUGAACAUCUAGACCAGGAGCUUCCUUAGACUCUUGUCUUUGACCACCCGACGCUGCGGUCGAUUGCUGACGCUCUGCUAAUAAAUGAUGGCGAGCCGUAGCCUGUAAUGGAAAAUAUCGAGCCAGUCGCCGUUUAGCAGAGGAGGGAAGCAUCUAUGGUAUCCCACAGAACCAUGCAAAAUGCGUCUGCCGUCAUUGACACUACCUCAGCGGCGGUAUUGGAGGUUUUAGGGACCAAAGUCACGGUAGAUACGCCCCUCAUGUCGGCAGGGCUAGAUUCAAUCGCAGUGACCGAUUUGGUGAACGUGCUAUCUAAGCGUUUUGAGAUAGAAUUGCCGCCGACGCUCCUGUUCGACCAUCCGACAAUCGGAUCUGUGGCGACUCAUAUUACCACAUUAUUACCGAUGGAAAUAUCAAAAGAGUCCGUGGUCGAAACGCGAGAAGGAACUUUGACUCCAGCCAUAGCAGGCGCAAUAGUGGCUCAUCCGGCUGCUCCGCAAGAUCAAGUAUUCCUUUCAUCGCAUCGAAUGCGCUUUACGUUACCAGGCGCAUGUUGUGAUGCACUUGGGCUCAGAGAACUUGGUCUUCGAGCGUGGUCAACUAACUCUCACUGGCCUAUCUCACGUUUAGCGGGAAUUGAAAGUCCAACGUCGACAGCUGCCUACGGGUCCUUCCUGGCACCCGAUGCGUUUGCGUCGGACGCGGCGUUCUUCGGAAUUUCCAGGACGGAGGCUCGGGCUAUGGAUCCGAUGGCGAUGCUGGUGCUCGAGACUACCUACGGUGCACUCAGCUCUACCUCUCGCGCCGACCUCGCAAACAAGCCUAUUGGUUUUUUCCUUGGGUCGUGUGGAUGGACAGGAGGUCAAGAAAAUGCGUCAAAAAUUCCGAAGGCAACGUCGGUGUAUUCAGGGACCUCCGGCGCGCUGUCCGUGCUGUCCGGUCGCCUCUCGUACACGCUGGGCCUGACGGGCCCGUGCCAGACGACCGACACGGCCUGCUCGUCGUCGCUGGUUGCCGCGCACCAGGCGGUCUCGGCCCUGAAGCUCGGCGAGAGCCCGGCGGCGGCGGUCGCGGGCGUCGGCGUGCUGACAGUGUCGGUGUCGGUGGCGUUCUCGGCAGCGGGCAUGCUCUCGGCGCUCGGGCGCUGCCACACGUUCGACCGGCGCGCCGACGGGUACUGUAGGGGCGAAGGCUGCGGGGCGUUCUACUUCUCGACCGAAGCCGACGACGUCGCGGUGUCCGGGACGGCGGUGCAGCAGGACGGGCCGAGCGCGAGCCUCACGGCGCCGAACGGCACGUCGCAGCAGCGGCUCAUCGAAGCGGUCAAGGCUGGAAGUGGACCAUCGCUGGAGGCUCACGGCACGGGCACGGCGCUCGGGGACCCAAUCGAGGUAUGUGCUUACUUCUUAUUUCUCUGAUAAUUUUUGCGUCAUUGUAGGUGGGCGCUGCGACGCGGGCGUUGUGCAAGUCGACAGAACAUGGUGCCGCAGUGAUCCAGUGCACGUCGCUGAAGUCGAACGUGGGCCACCUGGAGCCGGCGGCAGCGGCAGCGGGCCUGGCGUCGCUUGUUGUGGGGCCGCUGAUGGAUUCGGUUGUUGCUGUUAACGCGCAAUUGCGCGGGUACGUCUCCUGUGUUUUUUACAUAGUUGUCGCUCACAUUCUUAUGUAGGCUGAACGCGCACCUGUCGUCUAUCGUGUCGUCGAAGCCGUUCCAGAUGCCUGUUGACGUAGCUCCACGUACCACAGCUCUCAGCGGUUCGCGACUGAGCUCGUUUGGAUUUAGUGGAACCAUCGCCCACGGCGCGUUCAAGCUCGGAAGACAACGCGUAUCAAUGAGCAAUGAUUCGAAGUCGCUCUACCGUGGUCGCCGAUUUAUCACCUCUAGCGAGACGACACGGCUGGACUGGCUGCUCGAAGCGCCUGGGCCGCAGGAGCCUCGACCGGACGAGGCCCGUCGUGUUCGGGGCGCUGUCGCCCUCGGCGGAAGCCCUCUUCUCGCAUCACGUUGUCGGUGACACGAUUAUAUUGCCGGGCGUCGGGUACGUCGAGAUGGCGUUCGCCGCCAGCUCCAGUCGA